CUAUCACGUGAUCUCUCACGACCGAGAUCCUCCGAAUGAAUGCGACUGGUGUUGAGGGCUGAGUCCCUUGCUCCACCCGAGAGUCACACAAACAGCCUUGUUUCUAGCGAACGGGUUGACAUGGAAAUUUGAAACGAAAUUCCGGAAAACUGGGGCACUUGAGCGGUUCAUUCAUACAGCAGCAGCAGAUGGCGAGAUUGACAGAAAGAAUUAGCGAUGCAUAGGACAACGCGAGCUCGUCUUGACGACCUGAACCACCACCUAGUGUGUGUGCUAUGUGGAGGGUAUUUCAUUGACGCGACGUCCAUCAUCGAGUGCCUUCAUUCGUUCUGCCGGACAUGUAUUGUGAGGUACCUGGAGUCCAGCAAGUUCUGCCCCAUCUGUGAUGUCCAAGUACACAAGACGAGACCGCUUCUCAACAUCAGAGCGGACAAGACUCUACAGAACCUUGUGUACAAGCUGGUGCCGGGAUUAUUCGAUGAUGAAAUGCGGAGGCGCAGGUUAUUCUAUUCCACACACCCGGAAGGACGGAGGGUGGUGUGUCUGGAGGCCCGAGGGGAGGCGGUCAUGGAGAAGGAACUGGCCCGGGAGGACGAGAACAUCAGUCUGUGUCUGGAUAUGAGCAAAAAUGGGCUGCCUCCCGACGAGUCCGAUGAUUAUGGAAUUUUGAUAACAAGCCAGCUGACCGCCGUUUCUUGCUGUGUCCUUCCGCACUGACCAUCGCACACCUCAAGAAAUACAUCCGCAUGAAGUUCUCACUCGCAGAACAUCAUAAGCUGGACAUCUUCCACUCUGACGAGUCCCUCACAGAUACAUUCACCCUCCUAGACAUCGCCUGCAUCUACUCCUGGAGGCGGAAAGCCCCUCUGCGUCUUUUCUACACAGUCGACGACAAGCCCAACCAAAAACGGAAAUCGUCUGCUGCUGAAAGUGAGAUCGAGGCUGAUAUUGACGCCAAGAGAACAAAAAUGGAGGAUGUUGAGUGUACAGCAGACGAUACAAUUUCGUGCACGCAAAUCAAGCAGGAAGGUGAAGCAGGGGCGCAUGCGCAGAUAGAAAUCUACGAUGCCGGUGAAAUGUUCAGCGACAUAAGUGAUUACGACCCGUCACCAUUACCAGACUAUUCCCAGCAGAUUCCCAUGACAAGCGAAGGGAGCGAUAGCACAAUCACAUACGGAAGUACGGAGGACAACCAGAUUCAGCCCACAGGCAAUAAUAACACAGCUUCAGACAGCCCCUCAGUUCGGAAUCAUUGCAGUCAAAAUGUCCGUGAUUCCGAGACUGCUGUGUGUGAAAGUAUCAAUUCUGUUAUCAGCUCCGGAUUUACCAAAUCUCCUUCCUUGUCGAUUAAAGAUCACACAGUCGGUCAUUUCAACAAAAACACAGACAAUUCGCUUGACCGUGCGUCUGAUGCAAAAGUGAAUGUGGAGAGUUGUGUUCAACAGAAACAAUUGAACGGAGUUACUAAAGAAAAACCAGCACCAGAGACCUAUUCCAACGGUGUGGGAUAUACGUCAGUUAAAAUAUGGCAGAAACCGAACGGUAUUACCCGCGUUAAGCCCGACAGCAACGGUAUUAAACAACAAACAGGUAUUAUUUGCACCAAAUUCCAAAAUACUGAAGACAGGGCAAACAAUAACACUAUUACCAUGGAAACCAAGCUCCAGAAUGGCCAUGAAAUGACGUUUUCUGUGGACUUGAAGUCAGAACCGUUGGAUCUUUCGGAAACUUCCAGGAAAACCAUCUGCGACCAGAAACCAAUCGUCAUCGGCGAAAUCGAUUUUUGAUUUCGAAAAAGAAUAUCUUUUUGGAAGAUUUACAGUGAUGAUUGUUUACUAUAUAUAGAGCGCGCGAUGUCAAAUGAUCUUCCGUUAUUCCGUGCUGUAUUGUAUAAAUACAGGUGUAUAUUUAACGGUGUUGAACCUUGGACCAAAGCGGCUUAUCCCUAUUGUGCUAUUGUGCUAUUGUGCUAUGAAUGUACCUGUGCAUGUUUGGUGGCGCGAAGUCUUAUAUUUUGGUUCACUGGUGUCUUUUGAAGUCGUAGAAGGCGAUGGGUUAUUUCGUCUUCAACAAUCCUAAGUAAACAUCAAGCUGUGCCUAAUAUAUUCACCAGGUGGGCGAAUAAAGGGUGAAUAGCUGUAAGGAGAGAUAAUUAUGAAGCUGGAAUGGUUUGGCGAGUUAUUUAAAGCACAGCUGGAACACUGCAUACAUCAAACUGCCCAACUAUGGAACAAUAAUCCUCUACGGUUAAGACAUCAAUAGACUGAGUGGAAGAAAAGUCUCAGGGCGAUGAUGUGCUACAAGCGACUCUGUCCAGUCAAUGUCCCUGAGGAAAAGCCAAUAUAGUUCUUUAGGUGUUUCCGUGUUUUACGAGGAAGGAAAGUGGCCAGGUAUCCCUUCAGACAGAAAUUACAGUACGACUCUACGCGUCACUGGGUUGGUUAACAUAUGGGCUUUGUCAUUCACUGUAAUGAUUUGUUUGAUAGGAUAAUUUGUGUCAAAGUAAAUGCCAUUACUGACUCUG